GUGGUGCGGUGUGGUGCGGUGAGGUGUAGUGCGGUGUAGUGCGGUGCCCAGUGUUAAUGCUGCUGAUAACAAAUGUUCUCAAAUACUUGUGCCACGAGAACUUCUUAUUUUAUGUGUCGUGUUAUAAAAUUUGUUUCCUCAAUACUUAAGUGAUGUUAUGAAAUUAAAAUUAAUCGAUAAUGGAUAAAUCAAAACACAAAACCGGAAAGAAAAUGGAUAAGAAUAAUGGUAAAGAAAAAUCACCCCUGUUUGUGUCGGAUGUGAAAAACUUAAAAGAAAAUCUUAAAAUUAAAGAAAUUUUGAGAACUGUUAAAAUGAAUAGCAGUAUGCGUUUGAAAUCACCACAGAGCAGUAAAACGAUGAACAAUAAAGACCUCAAUGACAACCAUGAUUGUUUUGAAAGUGCUUCGCAAGAACUACAAGAACAUAUGGUUGAUGACACAAAUCCAAGUGCAACAAAUCAUAAUGUCAUCACAUCAACAUUAAAUGUAGAUACAGAAACGAGUGAUAACGAUUUACAAAAAAAUGAGGGCAUCAAGGUCACUAUUUAUGAAGUAUCAGACUGUACUGAAAGCAAUGACAGUUCACAGUCAAACACAAUAUCACAAAAUUGUAGUGACUCUAAAGAAUCGAAUAUUAAUGAUGAAAAAACAGAAAUGAAUAAUAUCGACACCAAAGUAACCUCUUCACCGAAACCAACUAAUAAUGUUGCAACUUUAAAACCAAGAGAUAGAAAACUUUCGUUAGAUCAAACAAUUCUAUCGAGACGUUCAGGCUUAUCACAGUCAGAGUUAGAUUUAAAUUUAAUUGGUAAAUCUCCAUUAGAGCGAAAGUCCUCAUUCUUUCGGAAGAAGAUGGACAAUUUUCUUAAAAAUACCACAGAAAUAUUUAAAAGGCAGUCACAAAGUGUUAAAUCACAACCUACACAGCGAAGAGGGUCAAAGUCGAUUUCUUUACAAUCUCUUAACGACAAAUCUUAUCCUAGCAAUGGUUACAAUAACGACGGCACAUUGCAGAUUCCACAGGAUAUUAGAAACAGCGCAACAAGUCUGUCGACAAUGGCGCGGAGUUCGUCGGUGGCGAGUAGUAUAAGUCCUGAGGGAGUUGAACAAGAUAGCCCGUCCGGCAGUCAAACCGUUCUGUUCGCAAGUCAGCCACUUGGAGAUUACUCUUCAAAUAGUGUUAAUAAUUUGAACGAGCCGUAUGUACAGGAUUCGCUUUUGAAAUCCCGAGCAAUAUCGAUGAGCUCUGGUUUAGACGCGCCACAGGGGAGACUACGACGGAAAGCAUCAAAAUCUAACAGAGUCACGUGGUUAGCAAGCGAAGGUCUUACGAACUACUUCAAACGGGUGAUGCAAGAUGAAAAGAGUCGGGAGGUCCAAUCAUGCCACUCGUACCAGGACUUUUCAAUAAUACCAGAGCAUGCGUCAUAUGGUCCGGCAACUGACAGCAAGGGACGCCGGCUGUCGUACCAACGCGCUGUUUCAGGGGAAGAUCCUGUUCUACCAACGAGGUAUUACGAUUCAUCACAGAGGAGAAAGAAUUUCAUACCGGAACAUCAAGUGCCAAAUUUCGAGCUAGAAGCCAAGCUCGAUGACUUCACGUUGCACGGGGUACCGCCUCUUCAUGGCUUCGCGGCUGUCACCCUCCCAGACCAGUCUCUGGAGUACCUGCAUUGGGCCGAACGGCCUGAUGAAAUGCACCAGUAUUACGCGAAAUGUAAUUUGCCACCGUCCGAGGAGUCACGACAAGCCGUUAUACGCGAGCUUGUCAACACGGAGGCGGAUUACAUUAGGCACCUCAAAUCUCUUGUUGAGGUGUUUAUGGCGGCAGCGCACGCUCUUCAAGAAUCUAAUUUUAUGCUAGACGUGGAUACACAACGACUCUUUUCAAAUAUUCCGGACUUGUAUAAUGCCAGCCUUGAGUUCUGGGACGCCACUUUCUACCCUAUGAUCUUGGAGAGUGUAGAAACUGGUGGACCAUUAAAUCCAGAGCUGAUGUAUGAAGGUUUUCACAACAUCGAUGAAUACUUACAAUCAUACGAGAUAUAUUUGAUGGACCAAUCAAGAGCCGUUGAAUAUCUUCGAUCUCUCUCUAGUAAUACGGAAUUCAUGUCAUAUCUAUCAUGGUGUCAUAAACAGAAGGAGAUCAACCGACUCCAACUGGCAGACAUGCUGGCAAAACCAAUGCAACGUAUUACUAAAUAUUCAUUAAUUAUAAACCGAAUACACCAUUACACUGAAAAAGACACGGCACGCGAACUUAUUAUUUCUAUGGAAACAACUGUCAAAAGCUUCGUGCAGAAUAUCAACCGCUGCAUACGACAACGCGAAGAAAAGGACAAGAUAACGACACUGGCUAACUCGAUUGAUGCAUACGAAUUGGAAUUUAAAGAUGAGGAAAUGGAGCGAUGUUAUAAACUGUAUUGCCAAUUAGAUCUGCAGGCCCCGAUGAUCCAUAUCAUGUUGGAUGUAAAUCGGUGCAUGAUAUUCAGCGGGGACCUGCGAUUCAAAGAUAACAUCAACAAAGAGAUCGACGUGUGUGUCUUUUUAUUCACGGAUAUGAUGCUUAUUUGCAAAAAGAUGCCUAAAGGCAGCCCUUAUAAGUACAAAAUGAUAAGACCGAAAUAUAUGUUGGACCGUUUACACUUUUAUCCGAAGUACAAAAGCGGCACAAAAGAUGUGGUAUCUUUAAUAUUUGUUGCCGUCGAUGAUUUUCAUUCAUCUUACCAUAGUUUUACAUUAUCUGAAUCCUCGAAAGAGGAAAAAAAUCAAAUGGCACUGAAAACAAGUUUGCUCCAAACUUGGGAUCACAAAAUAAAAGAAGCCAAAAUAAGCUACGAACUUGUUAUUAUUUAUGGCCAGCGAAAAGAAGGCGUACCAGAAUCCGCCGAAGACUCCUUGAAAAUGAGGAGAAUGACUCCAGAAGAAGUAGCCAUUGAGAAGGAGGCUCGAGAGUGGGCAGCUAUCAUGCUGCACGGCAGAAUGACCAGAGACCACGAGUACGACAUGAUGAACAUUCCGGAGGACCCAUACCAAAUAACUGAAGCCAUACUCGCUGGCAACAUAGACGCAGCACGACGCUGGCGGAAUCCAUUCCUUCGUAGAUACUCUUCUACCACUGCUGGGAGUUCUCGUACAUCCCGCAUGUCCAGUCUCCAAAAGUCUGCCAGUGCCACGUCACGCGACGAUCCACAGCCAAGUACCAGCCGGGGACUGUACUGCCCGAGCGACUCCAUUGAGAUUCCCUUUGAAAAGUUGGAAUCGGAAGAUACAUUCAAUGAUGACAUAUCGGAUGAUGAGGAUGCUGAGUCACCAUUACCGUCAUCGCUGAUACCACCACCAUAUGUAUCGCCUCAAAUAAGCAGAUCGCCCGUGCUUCAACCUCCAGCUCUGCAGCAACCGGUAAUAAGGACAGGGGUGAUUCACCAACUAGCGCUACAGCCAUCGAUGAUACACGAAGCGAUAAUCCGAGGACCAACCAUCCAAGAACCAAUUAUGCCUCAGUCAAUGAUGGAGGAUGAAAUUCCUUCGCUAAUGGUAGAACCUUUGAAUCAGCCACCAGUUAUAGUGGAACCGGUCAGGGUAUCUAUAGUUGAGGGACCACCUUUGCGAAGUGUCGCAAUUUCGAACCCGGUAGCGCAGUCUACGGCUAAUCGGGUGUACUGCAAUCCGAGACCACCAUCGGAGCCGCAGAUAACCCAGGAACCAAAAAGUCAGCAUUCGAUUACCCAGCAAUCGGUGGCUGUUGGUAUUCCAAUACCGAUUCCGGUACCAUUCCCUCUACUACCCAGUUUACGCGGUGACGCCGCAGUCCUCGGCCGUGACGCUGAUGACUCCAAGGGCAAGAAAGGUCGUAGAAUUCACGUUCCACGCGCUGAAAGUGUCCAAAGCAACCGUAGCGCCCAUAUUCAGCAUGUCCAACGAUCUAAGAGCGUGCAAAGCGCACAUAGUACUCAGUUCGUGCAGCAUGCAGAACGAGCUCAGAGCGCUAUGAGUGAUUACAGUGCGAAGAGUAGCCAAAGUGAGCGUGCGGGCCAUCGGAGGAACGGCCGUGGCCGACGGGGCAAAAGGGCUGCAAGCGCUAGCCCAAGCACGCUGCGGGUGAUUCCGCCAGGGGACGGAAUGGCAUCGAUGCUCAGCUUACCUGAUUUGACAGUAGAACCUCCUACUCCACGACAUCCUCCUAGCCCGCAAUCGGCUUCAGAGCAGAUGUAUCAAACGCACCAAGAGCAGUUGCUACGGAACAGGGCAGCAGCUCAGCAGCAACACUUCUUGAGCCCCGACCAUCGCGGCACCAGCUAUCCCCCCACCAGUCCCAGCAGGUCGAAUUUGAGACGUGGGUUGGCGUUCUCAUACUCCAGUAAGAAUCCACCACUUACAAAGAUGAGAAACGUGACCAGUCAAGCUAAUCUCUUAGAAAUUAUUCUACCAUCAUCAAGUCGCAUGAGCAAGAGCGAGAGUACGACCCCUGAUCCUGAGAUGAGUCCAGAGAGGCGGGCGAAGACGAUUGCUGGGUCCGUCUUCCGCAGCGGCACGUGGCAGGCGAAGUUUGAAGGAUGACAGAUGAGGUUCCUGCGGAUGCUUUUCCCAAGGAGCAGACGCAGUAGAUCUGGCGCUACGACUGGCAAUGUAACAAGCAAUACUACUGGCGUUUCUGAGGAAACUGAAAAUACUCAAGAAACAGGAACUCUUCCGGACUCCGAAGACCUUGGCGUUACCGCCGCUUGUGAAUUUAUGACCGAUCCGCAUGAUAUUCGAAAAGAAAUUCUAGAGAUCGUUGCUCAAUACAGCGAGGCUCUUCACCUUGACGACAUCGAGAGAGACCCAAUUCAAACUUUGGAUGAUCUACAGCCUGAGAAUAACGUGGAAGAUACCAAAGAAAUCGUUUUGCAAAAUGUCACCAAACAGAAGAUUCCGCAAGAUGACACCAACGAUAACUUCCAGCAAGAUGAAUGUGGAGAGGAGCACAUACCAGGCGAAGUUGAACUUAAAGAUCUCGUUAUUUCUAACCAAAUGAUAGUGGGCGAGGCUGGGAUUCUUGACGAUCUUGAAUUCAUGGAUGAGGAGCCCCAGGAUGAUGACGAUGACGAGGAGGAAUGACGCGAGGAUGACGAUGGGUUGCCUCAAUGAGGCCAACCCCCUGAGGAGGAGGAGGAGGAGGAAGAAGACGAUAUAGUCGUGGAGGAGGAGGAGGACGAAGAGGAAGAGGAAGGGUGGAUUUGUUGCCGAUGGCUUUACAAAUGGUGCUGGUAGAUAUUAUGAAGGGCCUAAGUAUUGACGUUUUAUUUGGAUGACAGGUGUAGUUACCAGCCGGAGUUGUUAGUGCGGAAUUUAUUGGUUCGGGAUUGUGGGUAUAGAUAAAUCGUGGAAGUAUUUUGACUCGGAGCGGUGUAAGUUAAGCAUACCUUGGACAAUCGAUCAAUAUCUUACGUUUGCUUUGACAUUAAUGCUCAUCGACCAUCGCUCCCUGUUUAUAACUUUUGCAUUUAUCUAUAUCAUCGUACGUAGUUCUCCUUGUAUGGACAGCUUUCAGACUUAGCAUCAUUAUGUGUGUUAUUCGUAGUGGAAAUUAAUCCGUAAUAAAUCUGAAAUAAAAUAGUAGUUACUUGGUGUCUAUGAAAAUACGAUAUGUGUUAACAUUCUAAUAGUCAUAAUUUAAGAACGUUUUCGGUGUUGUUACAAUUAUAAAAUAUAUAUUGCAUGUAUGUGUAAACAUUGUAUUUCUCUGACGGCUAAAUUCUGUAAGCUUAUUGAUGCAUUUAAAGAUUCACUGUUACUGUACAAUGUCCGACUUUACUACAUGAUUCUCAGCCACAUUCUACGCAUUCUGAUGAUUAGGAUUUUUGAAGCUCUAAGAUUCUUGAUACCUAUAUAAUUUGUUUUGAUUUCAAUUUAUAUUAAUGUCCAAUGUUUUAAUUUUACGUACGAAACCACAUGAAUUCCUAAACCCUAGACCAAAAUGAAAUUAAUGUUUUAUAUUUAUUUUUUUAUUAUUUCUUAUUUACAAAGACGUACUGAAAUUUUACAUUAUAUGCCUUCGUCAUAUUAUGACACAAUACUUUACUACUCUUUACCAAAAAUCAAACGACUAUUUUAUACUGUUAAUUUGAAAAUUACCCUCUGUGGUUAUCUACUCUUUACAUACUCUUAUAAUAUAUUAAGUGUUUUAGGAAAAUAUUCGUUUAUAGAAAAAGAGAAAAAAAAUCUUAAAAAAUAUAUUGAUGUUCUUUGUUGUACACUUAAGAAGUAGGAGGAAAAUAAAUGUUAUUAGCAAAAUAGUAAAAAAGAUUAAUCGUAAUACUAUCUUGAAAUAUUAUAAACUAAAUUACGAUCAUUCUUAGUAGUCAUUUAAAUGGAUGUUUUAGAUCAUAUAAUUGAUGUUUUAAUUGAUGUUUAUCUUGAUGUUAGUGUAUAUCGUUAUAUUAAAGUCAAGUAAAAUUGCCACACAAAGACCUAAACAUGGUCAUGAAAAUGUGACUUUCCACAUACAUACCAUUUUCGAAACACACAUCAUUGUUUUGAUGAGAUGGCUUUGUACAUGUGUUGGCAGUGGAAAUCUAUGUAUUAAUCAAUCAAAUCGAUGUAAAAUUUAUUGAAAACGAAUAGAAUUCUACACCCGUAGGUAUUCCUGUGCAAACCAAUAGAAAUAGUAGUUAAGUAGAUGAAAUCUUUUACUUCAACUCGAUGUCUUCACCUGUAAAUCUGAUCUUAAAUAAAGUAACCAACCCCCAAAGGAGUUGUUAUUAAUUUUCAUCAAAUUUAACUGUAUUACCUCUAAAAAUGCGCGAAGCUGU